CUCUAUUGUGUUGAUAAUAACAAGAAAGCCACGUGCCAAUGGUGCCAUGUACUACUCCGAAUCUAUCAUCCUGACCCGGCCCGGCACCCGGGGUCUCCGUCAGAGCUCCCACUCUACGAACCACCAGAACCCCAGGCGCGCCCUCCUUGCACAAUCAAAUCCCAACUGCCGGUAUGCCGGCGGCCGAUCAGGUACCGGACGGCAAUUCAGCGGCGGACUCAUCUCAAGGACUCUGCACGUGCACGCUAUCUUCAGCAGCCGAAGAAUGCGACGGCACUUGCCUGCUUUGCAAUCGCCGGCGCUCAACCCUCCUCCCUUCGUCGGCUUCCUCUUGCUCUCUGCUCAGCUUAGAGUCUUAUCCUGUUCAGGACUACAACAAGCUCUGGAGAGUGUACUCCGCCUCCGUUAAAGGCCUCACCAUCGGAGCUGGCAUCAAAGGCGGCCUCGCUUUAUUCUCUAUUCUUGCUCGCCUCCGCCGCAGGCGAUCAUUUUCUUACGAUAAGAAAAUGGUCAUGUCUUCCGGCAGCGAAGAUGUGAUUUUGGCAGUGAAAGAGACUCUUAGAUACGGUCUGUUUCUCGGAACGUUUGCUGGUACAUUUGUUUCAGUGGAUGAAAUUAUUUCUUCUCUAGGCGGUCACCGCAGGACAGCGAAAUGGAGAGCUUUGCUAGCUGGAGCAAUAGCAGGCCCUUCAAUACUACUUACUGGAUUGGAGAACCAACAUACAAGUUUGGGAAUUUACAUUCUUAUGCGGGCAGCAGUUUUGGCAUCGCGCUGUGGAAUAAAAAGUGAGCGAUUCGGGCGCAUCUGUAAACCACUAACUUGGGCACAUGGGGACCUUUUUCUAAUGUGUCUUUCCUCUUCCCAAAUUUUAUCAGCGUAUAUAUUAAAGCAAAACAGUCUGCCUCUAUCUUACAAGUCCUUUCUCAAUAAACAUGGGGGAAAAGACCUUGUCAUAUUGAAUGGCGUGAAAGACCUUGCAUGUGGCAGGCCAGUAAAAAAUUUGCAUGCGAUAGAGAGGUAUUACAAGUCUACUGGUAUAGACCUCAAACUUGAUCCACAUAUGAAAGUUCCUUGCACGAUGGUCCAUGGAGAUCAAUCAUGUGGGGCACAUUUUUUAACCUUCCUUAUUCAAGCAUAUAAGAGAGCUCUGCCUGUCUACCUACCAGUUUAUUUGAUACCUGCUCUGAUAGUGCAUCGACAAGGCCUCUUGAAAAGACCUUAUACAAUAUUGUGGAAAGGUAUUUUUGGGACAGCAAGAUCUAGUUUGUUUCUUUCCAUGUAUUGUGCAUCUGCCUGGUUAUGGACUUGCAUCCUUUUUAGGAUUUUCAAGAGAUGUAAUAUACCUACGGUGGCAGUUGGCACGUUUCCGACUGGGUUGGCCUUGGGGAUAGAGAAGAAGAGCAGGCGGAUAGAGAUAUCACUGUAUUGCCUGGCACGUGCUAUUGAGAGCUUCUUCACAACAAUGGCUGACGUUGGAUGCUUGCCCCAAAGAAUGAAAAACAUGAAGAGAGUGGACAUGGUAAUAUUUAGCAUUUCAACUGCAAUUAUAAUGCACUGCUAUGCCACGGAACGAGACGUCUUCAAAUCCAAAUACUUGAAUGUUCUUGAUUGGGUGUUUGGGGUGCCUCUUCCUCCGUGGGAGACCACUCCUCGAAGGAAGAAGUUCCCGUGAAGCGGAUACUCCAUUAGAAAUUUAUAACCGUUGUUAUUUAUGUGCACCACUUAUUGUAUACCAAGCUGUGCACACCACAUAUAGACACUUUUUUUUGUUCGCGGAGAUAAAUGUUGUCUCUGGAACAAAAAAAAAUGUCUUUGUACAUUGUACACAUUGGUAUACAAAAAAGUUCACAGAAAAGCUCUGUUAUGUCUUGGCUUGUAGCAUUCAUUGCUUCAAACAAGUUGUGUGAUAACAGUACUAAUAUGUUUUUCCAAAACAGGUGUAGAAUGCACCAUAAAUAGUUAGUUUUACAACAUCAAUUCUUUCAAUUUAUUUCCUUUUUACAUGCAGAAACAAAUUCAAUAUCAAAUC